UCUCUAACUUGACCCUUCUUCACUGUUCGAAGAAAAAAUGGCUUCAGGAGCAUUGUUUGGCAGUACCGGGCGUUCCCAGAGUAAAAAUCUGGUCGAAUUCAGGGCCGGUAAAAUGUUUAUGAAGGGUAAAAUGGUCCAUCCUGACAAGAGGAAGGGAAUGGUAUACGUCUACCAGUCGGACGAUGCUCUGAUGCACUUCUGUUGGAAAGACCGUACGAACGGAACCGUUGAGGAUGAUUUAAUCAUAUUUCCAGAGGACACAGAAUUUAAACUUGUACCACAAUGCACCACUGGGCGAGUCUAUGUACUAAAGUUCAAGUCGCCUGCACGGAAAUUCUUCUUCUGGAUGCAGGAACCGAAGACUGACAAGGAUGAGGAGUUCUGUAAGAAGGUCAAUGACAGCCUGAACAACCCCCCAACCCCUGGUUCCAGUAGAGGAGGCGGACUAGCCUCAGGGCUCCCCUCAGAGCUCAGUGGACUGGGUGACCAGGAUUUACAGAACAUCCUUGGAGGAAUGAGUCAGCAACAGUUUAUGCAGCUUAUUGGUGGUAUCGGAAUGGGAGGACCAGGUGGGGGUCUGUCUGCCCUGAUGGGAGGAAGACCAAGCAGUGCCCAGUCAACUGCAUCAGAACCGCCUAUGAGAGUGCAGUCAUCCCCGGGAACGAGAGGGAGUGGCGGGACAUCAGAAACCUCCCAGAGACCGGUGACUGCAGCGGCCUUACCCUCCCAGACACCCACAACAACUGCAUCCCAGCCCCCUGCAGCGGGGACCACUACCCCGCGGCAGGCCAUCCGUCUGAGUGACCUACAGAACAUCCUGUCUACCAUGAAUGUUCCAUCAGGACCUUCCAAAGACCAGAUUGACCUGGUGAAUGCUCUGAAUCCUGAGUCGAUGAUCCCCAUACUGGCCAACAAGGACGUUCAGGAGAGACUGAUCAAGUUCCUGCCCGAGGGCGAGUCCCUCCCCAAAACUGAGGGAGAGCUACGUAACACUGUGCAAUCCCCACAGUUCCAGCAGGCACUGUCAUCGUUCAGUGCUGCCUUGCAGUCUGGUCAGUUGGGCCCCCUGAUGUCACAGUUUGACCUAGGAGAGGACGUAGCUAAUGCUGCUGCCGAGGGAGAUCUUGAUGCAUUUGUGAAGGCUAUGCAGGAACAGCAGAAAAAGAAGGAUGAUAAGGGAGAGAAAAAAGAAGAAACCAUGGACACUGAUUGAAAAUAAUACCUGAAAUACCCAAGUUACAUUUAUGUGAAAUAACUAUAUUAUGAAUUCAUAGCAAUGGGUAUAUUUCAGACAUUUUAAAAGUGUUGGACAAAAAUUAAAAAAUUGUGAAAUAAAACUUGGUUAUCUUAA